AUGGCCUCCAUUUCUCUCCCCCCGCAGUCUCGGUCGGGGUUUCCACAGCAUUUCGAUUCUUCAGCCCCGUCAGAUAUCAAUUCCAGCCAUCGCAUGAGCAUGCCGGCUCCAUUGCCAAAUCCACCAUUUGUCUUUCCCGCUCGAAACCCAGAUGCGGCCGACUCUCAGUCGGAGAUGUCUGAGAGUCGGACGCCGCCCGCAUUGCCAGCGUUUUCAUUCAAUCCCGGUUCCAGCCAGCCUUUGCAACCUACACCGGCACAUAAUUCUCGGGCUGGCGGACACCGGCGGCGGCCUAGUGAAUUUGUGGGAGGCGACCAAUUGGUGACACCUCCCGCAGGGGAUGGCGACAAGCGGGAAGAACCUUCAUCUCCGACAAAGCCGAGCGCUCCGUCGGGGCCUCCUCCUGGAAGGGGCCCGGGCCGGCGAAAUCACGCACACCGUCGAUCAGCGGCAGUCUCGGGUGUCGACCUGAAUGUCAUCAACAAAGCUCUCGGGACCAAUUUGACGGCAGGAAGUGCACCCUGCACCCCUGGCGAUAGACACUUCGACACUGGACACGAAGAUAUUUCCCGGCCGCUGUCGUAUUCCGCUGGCAGUCUCGGUCGUCCUACGCCUCCAGCGUCUCCUCAAUUCGCCCCCGUUCCGCCAGUCCCUCCCGUACCUCCUAUUCCGGCCGCGAUUUACGUCCAGCCGGCCCCGAGCAAUGAUGAUGAAGAAAUUGGACGCCCUGUCUCGGCUGUUUCAGGUACUUCUAAUGAGACCUGGGAGAACAACACUACAGUCAGAUUUGAGCAGCCCGAGAAUCCCCCGCCCGUCCAGUUGCGAUCGACACAAAACAUGAGUUCAAAGCCGCGGCCGAAAACUGCCGACGCAUCUCUCGCUUUUGAUUUGAUACAGAGUCAAAAUACACCUGAUGUUCCUGCAGUCAAGCGCUCAAAAUCCACUGGACACUCUCGGUUUCGCAAGAGCAUGUCUACCGGGAAUCUGGAAGCUAUGCUUGCCAACAAUGGGACCGACGAUGCACAUUUAACGGACACCUCUCGUCCUUCUUACUCUGACGAUGGUUCGGAAUCAUGCGAUAGCGAACACGAUGGAGAUGGAACCUGUCCCAAGAAAUCGCGAUCCAAGUCGAAGAAGAAGCGUGUUCGCUCUUGGGCCGGUGCUAUCUUGACCCGAGGCAAAGGCAAGCGACAUCUCAAGACAGAACCGGAGGAAAAGAAGAGACCGCCAGCAUUAACAUCCCCCACACUUACACGAACUAAUUCGGAGGUCGGGUCGGUCUUGGAUGUCGAUUUUGACAAUGACGAUGUCGUUGUACUUCGGACGCCAACCAGCCCCGAUGGUACCUUCGCAGCCGCCGAGUCCGCCCGCGAAGAGCCACCGACGCCUGCUUCUGCUCCUGCUCCCAGUCUUGAAACGUCAUGGAAACCGCGAAGCUUCUAUGAACAGACCGCCCAGGACGAUAUGCUGAGCAGCCCGAUCAUUGACCUUGAUGCUGCUCUCGGCCCUUUCAAUACCCCUGACAUGCGGCCUAUGAAUGGUGCUCCUAGCAAGUUUUCCGUUGCCACCCAACGAAUGUACAGCGGUGGGCGACGUGGUGAAUUUGUCGGCCCGGAGAUGCGGUACCACCGUCGUACUGAGAGUGCUCCUGUGAUGCAGCCAUUUGAUCGCAGCUCUCUGGGCCCCAUCCGUCUUGGAGGCAAUACCACGGAAACACCAGAUGUAUUUUACGAGGAGGAAGAGGAUGCAUUCCUGGCUGCAAGCCAGUCUCCAAGGGGCCGAGCCACGCCAGUGCCAAGUGGCAGAGCCACCCCAGCUCAGAGUGGUCGAGUGACACCGGUCGAAAUUAUUGUUCGUGCUCCUGCACUAUUAGAAGACAAAUUAUCCGUCAAGAGCGAUGCUUCUGCGGAUACUGUGGGCACUGCGGGCACUGCGCGUACCGCAAAGACUGCAGAUACUCUGAUCAGGGCGCCAGAGGCCUCUUCUCCCAUGAGCUCACCAGAGCAAGCUGGCCUGGGCAUCCGGGCGAGUGACGAGGUCUCUAGUCAACCGGAGGUUCAUCCGGUAGAUCGUCAUCUGGCCGACCCGAUGCAUGGCACCAGCAAUCCUUUCGCUGGUCAGUCUCGGAGCCCGAUCGAGAUCCUGAAGUCGCAGGAACGCAUUCCCAGGCCACGCGUUCCUCCCAGUCCCGACGUCUCUCCCGGUUUCCUAGCCAUUGACAAACGGCCCGCCACAUCCCCUAAUGAGCUGCCGCCCAGUAUUCCUGCCUUCUCCCUGUCCGCUGGGGUCUCCCCCUCGGAUUCAUCCUUCCCGUCUCCAGAUGUAUCACGGUCGUUCAAUGACCGUACCUUCUCGAGUCACUCAUACCAUCACCUUCCUUCAGAAUAUCCUUACGCUUCGGUUGAAGAUGUACCAUCUCUCACCAGCAGCGCAUCCACCAUGACCAAUCCCAUGAAUCGCUUCUCCUCCUCGUUCUUCCCUCGCGCUCGCCUUUCCACCGAUCGAGCUGCGUCUUUCUCAGCGGCUGUCAACCGACGUACCAGUCAAGCGAAUGCCUCCAAGAGGUCUAGCUUGGCCAGUCUGUCGAAGCUGGUCGGUGGCCCGCAUUCAGAACGCAGCAAACUCCACCAAGAAGAGAAGCCCCCAGGCGAUGAACCCGAUCAUUCCAAGAAGAAGGGCCGCCGACUGAGUCGACUAAUGCAUUUUUGGAAAGUGCGAGACAAGGAGAACUCCGGCACCGAGGCGGCGUCUUCUGAUCGACCGAUGUAA